GUGAGAAGAAAAAAAUGACCUAAUCACCAUUCAGCCAUUGUGGCCAAGGGCAGGAACGGGGUAGAGCUGCCAGGAGCAUGGCUUUGCCUGGAAGCUUACGGAGGCAGCCUGCAAACAGAGGCCUUGUGUCCCAUUGCACCCACCAUCAUAUUGUUGUGUUUCUGCUGACCUUCUUCAGUUAUUCCCUGCUCCAUGCUUCCAGAAAGACAUUCAGUAAUGUCAAAGUCAGCAUUUCCAGCCAAUGGACUCCCUCCUGCCUAAACAGCACGAUCCCUGAGCUCCGGCCAUAUGAGCUCUGGAACAGCAGCCGUUUGUUUGCCAAUGCAGAAGAUGCAACUCUCUUUUUGGGGACAUUGGACACUAUCUUUUUGUUUUCUUAUGCUGUGGGUCUCUUUGUCAGUGGCAUAGUUGGGGAUCGCCUAAAUUUACGCUGGGUUCUGUCUUUUGGCAUGUGCUCCUCUGCUCUGGUGGUGUUCUUCUUUGGCACACUCACAGAAUGGCUGCAUUUCUACAACAUGUGGUUCUACUGCUGUCUCUGGAUCGUGAACGGCUUGCUGCAGUCCACAGGCUGGCCCUGUGUGGUUGCUGUCAUGGGCAAUUGGUUUGGAAAAGCUGGGAGAGGUUUUGUGUUUGGUCUCUGGAGUGCCUGUGCAUCUGUGGGAAAUAUCCUUGGGGCAUUCCUUGCCUCCUGCGUUCUCAAAUAUGGCUAUGAGUAUGCUUUCUUGGUGACUGCUUCAGUACAGUUUGCUGGAGGAAUUAUUGUGUUCUUCGGGCUCCUGACGUCACCAAAGGAAGUGGGCCUUCCUGAGCUUGGAGCAGAUGAAGAUGACAGUGUGGAAGAAGAUAGCAACAGACCUCUAAUGGGCAAUGACGAUGCAGAUGAUGAUGACCGGAAUUACUCUAUUCAAGCAACUGACACUGACAACCAGCCAAGGGCCAUUGGCUUUUUCCAGGCUUGUUGCCUUCCAGGUGUAGUGCUGUACUCUUUGGCCUAUGCCUGCUUGAAAUUGGUAAAUUACUCAUUCUUCUUCUGGCUGCCCUUCUACCUCAGCAGCAACUUUGGAUGGAAAGAAGCAGAAGCUGACCAGCUCUCGAUCUGGUAUGACGUGGGAGGAAUCAUAGGUGGGACUAUCCAGGGCUUGAUUUCUGAUGUGCUCCAGAAGAGAGCCCCUGUGCUAGCCGUUAGCCUGCUCUUUGCUGUAGGCUCUCUUUUUGGAUACAGCCGUUCCCCAAACAGCAAACCUAUCAAUGCUGUGAUCAUGGCAAUUACAGGAUUUUUCAUUGGAGGCCCUUCUAACAUGAUCAGUUCUGCAAUUUCUGCUGACCUGGGGCGUCAGGAGCUGGUGAAAGGCAGCCGAGAGGCUCUGGCAACAGUCACAGGCAUUGUGGAUGGAACUGGCAGUAUUGGUGCUGCAGUGGGCCAGUAUCUAGUGUCUUUGAUCCAGGAGAACCUGGGAUGGAUGUGGGUUUUCUAUUUCUUCAUUCUAAUGACAAGUUCAACAAUCCUGUUCAUUUCACCAUUAAUAGUGAGGGAGAUCAGGUUGCUUCUGCAUGAGCGGCACCUGCGAAUGCUGGCUGAGUGACUCUGCCUGCCUCUGGAAGCACUGUUGUACAGAACUGACAGCUGGGACACUGCACAAAACUCUGGGAGACUUGUUUCUUGCAUCCUCCAGGUUUGGACUAAUUCCAAAUGGCUCCACAAAACUUG